AAAGAAAAAUAUAAUUCUUUUUCCCUCUCCCCAGUUCGCGUUCUUAUUUCCUUGUUUUAUUACAUUCUCCUUCCUGUCUGUUAGCCAUUCUUUUAUCAAAUCCAUUGUUCCCACACCACAUACCCCUAAUCAAAUCUGAAAAAUGGAGUACCAAAACAGCAACAUUUGUAAUAACGGAUCGGCUCUAAUCUUCCUUGGGACAGGAUGCUCGAGCGCCGUCCCCAACGUCAGGUGCCUCCUCCAGCCCUCAGAUCCUCCUUGCUCCGUUUGCUCUCAGGCCCUCUCCGUCCCUCCCAACCAAAACCCUAACUACAGAUGCAAUACAUCACUCGUUAUAGAUCACUACAGUAAGAGUGAUAAUGCACACAGCUAUAUAUUAAUAGAUGUGGGUAAGACAUUCAGGGAGCAAGUCCUUAGGUGGUUUACUCUCCAUAAAAUUCCUCGUAUUGAUUCUAUCAUUUUGACUCAUGAACAUGCUGAUGCAGUUCUUGGUCUUGAUGAUAUACGUGCUGUGCAACCAUAUAGCCCGAUAAAUGACAUUGAUCCCACUCCCAUCUACCUAAGUCACCAUGCAAUGGAUAGCAUUGCAGAGAAAUUCCCUUACUUGGUACAGAAACAAUUGAAGCCAGGCCAGGAAAUAAGACGAGUAGCACAGCUGGACUGGCAUAUAAUUGAGGAAGACCAUCAAAGACCAUUUGUUGCAUCAGGCAUACAGUUUGUUCCUUUGCCAGUGAUGCAUGGAGAAGAUUAUAUUUCUCUGGGGUUUCUCUUUGGUGACAAAUGUAGAGUAGCUUAUAUAUCUGAUGUUUCACGCAUUCCAUCUAGCACAGAGCAUGUAAUUUCAAAAGCUAGUGCAGGGCAAUUGGAUAUUCUGAUCCUGGACACUUUAUACAAGAAUGGGUCUCAUAAUACACACUUUUGCCUCCCUCAGACUCUUGAGACAGUGAAGAGAUUAUGCCCAAAGCGAGCUCUUUUAAUUGGAAUGACCCAUGAAUUUGAUCAUUACAAGGACAAUGACUUUUUAACGGAAUGGUCGCAAAGGGAAGGAAUACCAGUGCAGCUGGCGCGCGAUGGUCUGAGAAUUCCUGUAGAACUAUCUUAAGGUCUGGAUCAAUAUGGGCUUCACAUUAUAUUCACUCUUUUAGGCAUAUUUUUCUUAACAUAAUUUUAAGCACAUCUUCAAUCUCUCUCUUUCCUCAAUAAAGGUGGUCCACUUGUUAUUGAUGUAUCACUCUAUACAGGGGGGUCCAUUUAGCCAUGAAUAUUUUUAAUAUCUUAAAAGCUAUAAUUACGCCUGCAUAUUAAAACACUAAAUUUAAUGUUUUGACUUUUGUUACGCGUCAAUGAUUAAUGAAGGAUUUGUUUUUAUUUA